AUGUUCAUGGGCCGAGAAUAUAGGCAACGGGAAAGCAAUAGCAUCAAGGAGCAUGAUGCUCAAGCUUCAUUCGCAAACCUGGAAAAGGCGAAAUUAACUUUCACAUGUGCCUUGUUUCUUGAAUUCAACUCGCCUGCUUCUGGGGAUAGGGCACUCGACCCAUUUGCUCCUCGGGAUAGGACAGUCAUCAAGGUUGGAUUGAGGCCACCGAAUAGAUUCGGCCUCAAGAAACCGUUCUCCACUGCCAUCUUGGUGCCGACCAUUUUGAAUCUUCUUUACGAAGCCAACAGGUUCAUGCAGAUGUUUGCUGUUGUUAUGGACCGUCUAACUUCAGAAGGUCGGGCCCUCAAAACCCAUGGAAGAGACGUCAGAAAGAAACCAGACUACGAUGAGGAAUAUGAGAAUUUGGACCACUUGGAAUUGACGGAAAUGGGGCUAAUACCACACGUUUAUGGUACAGAUCGCUCAAAGGCCAUGUCAUUUAACAGACUGCUUAUCGCUUCAUUUCCGUCGGAGGAUCAGAUCGCCAAGUCAAGGGGUGACCUAUAUAAUCUAAUCGAAGAUGGCACUUUAGAUCCAGAAGGCGACGAAGUCGCCAAAGCGAUCGUCCAAAUUCGCGAUGAAGACUUUAAGGAGACCGAACCAAACACUUGGGUAUUCGCUGCUAAACCCGCCUUUGCUGAUAAAAUUGUCGGUAUUUUAAGCUGCGGAGAUGAGAAGCUGCUGCGACCAACAGUCACCUUUGCAUUUGACACACCGAAGUUUAACGGAUUCUCCUCUCAACUGGCUUUUUCUAUGGCAAGCCGUCUAUCGACGAUCGGACCCCAACUCAGAAACUGGCCGAGCAGCUCCGAUACUGUGCUGUCUUUUCAGAGCUUCCCAAUCGACGUACCUACAGUGGUGGGCUUAAAAAUCAUGCAUCGACGAAUGAGAGUGAAGAGAACUGGAAAGUCCAGAUAUAACGAUGCACUUCGUCUGCCUGGCGCUCAAAUAGCUCUCAUGAACUAUCGACUGGCUGGGGAUCCUCAGAUCAGAAGAUGUUCCAGCCGUGUCGACUACGAAUUAAAUGCAGGGGAAGGAGCCAUGUCUGGUGAUCUACGAUUGGGUGAUCUAGGGCGUCAGUAA